AUGUCAUCAUACCCAAUUCUUCCCCGCGAUCGCACCAUCGCCUCCCUUCCCCCCGAAUACCCCUUGGACGCCCUCACCCAUAUCACCACACUCCUCUCCACCUCCCCGCGCCGCCUCGUCGUCCUCGACGACGACCCCACAGGAACCCAAACCUGCCACGACAUCUCCGUCCUAACAGUCUGGGACAUCCCAACACUGAAAACCGAGUUCCUUUCCUCCUCAACCGGCUUCUUCAUCCUAACAAACUCGCGCGCCCUCCCCCCAACCGCCGCCGAAACCCUCAUCCGCGAAAUCUGCACCAACGUCGCAGCCGCCGCCGCCGAAACAGGAUACAAGAACCAAGUCGACAUUGUCCUCCGAGGCGAUAGCACGCUCCGCGGCCACUUCCCGCUCGAAGUCGACGUAGCGCAGGAUGUCUUUGGGACACCACCAGUGGAUGGCUGGGUGCUAGCCCCGUUCUUUUUCCAGGGUGGACGGUACACGAUUGACGAUGUACAUUAUGUGCUUGAGGCGGGGGAUCAGCUCGUCCCUACGGGCGAGACGCAGUUUGCAAAGGAUGCGACGUUUGGAUAUCGGUCUUCGAAUUUGAGGGAUUACGUGCGUGAGAAGGCGCCUGGAAGGUUUACCGAUGACCAGAUACAUUCUGUUACUCUAAAGGACAUCAGACUGGGUGGACCCGAGGGCGUCUGCGAGAGGCUCUUGGGGCUCCCAAGUGGAGGAGUGAUUAUUGUGAAUGCAGCGGCGGAGUCGGAUAUGCAUGUUUUUGUUGCGGGGUUGUUGCUCGCCGAAGCAAAAGCCAACAAGCGCUACAUCUACCGCACAGGCGCAGCCUUUGUCUCAACCCGCCUGGGAAUCCGCUCUAUUCCCCCAAUAACAUCCACCCAGCUGCAACUCCCACAACCUCGGGAAACCGGCGGAUUGAUCCUCGCGGGCUCGUACGUCCCCAAAACGACCGCGCAGCUCGCACACCUCACGAAGACCCGGGGUCCCGAUACCCUCGCGGUGAUUGAGAUGGAUGUCAACGAGCUGAUUACGUCGGCGGAGAGCGCAGCGGGACUGAUUGAGCGUGUUGUGGAGCAGACGGAGAGCAAUCUGCGAAAAGGCCUAGAUACACUUGUCAUGACGAGUCGGGGGCUUGUGACGGGCGGCGAUGAGCUGGAGUCGUUGGCAAUUGGGGGCAGGGUUGCGGAGGCGCUGGUUAGGGUUUUGGAGGGGGUGGAGGUUCGGCCGAGGUUUGUUAUUGCAAAGGGUGGGAUUACGUCUUCGGAUGCAGCUACGAAAGGCCUGCGGAUAAAACGGGCUCUGAUCGUUGGGCAGGCGGCGGCGGGUGUGCCGCUUUGGAGAUGCGAUGAGCCGACGUCGAGGCAUCGGGGGGUUCCCUUUGUUGUUUUCCCCGGGAAUGUCGGUGGAGAGUCUACUUUGGGUGAUUUGGUUGCGGCGUGGAGUUAG